AUGGGGGACUCCAACAUCAGUCAAUUGAUAGUGGCUUACACAGAGAAGCAGGACAUUCUCCCAGCAGGCAAGUUGGAUCAUUAUAUGGACAAUUAUGAUAUGGACUAUGGCAUCCCCCCUGAUGAGAUCCCAGACACCACACAGGGCCAGGCCUUCUUUGUGGCCACUAUUGUUAUCGGCAUGGUCCUUGUCUGUAUCAUGCUUGUGUGUGGUUUGGGAAACUUCAUAUUCAUUGCCACCCUGACACGCUACAAAAAGCUCCGCAAUCUCACCAACCUGCUGAUUGCAAACCUGGCCAUCUCAGACUUUAUUGUAGCAGUGGUUUGCUGCCCUUUCCUGGUGGACUACUAUGUAGUGAGACAGCUAUCCUGGAAUUAUGGAUUGGUGCUGUGUGCCUCUGUCAACUAUCUGAGGACUGUGUCGCUUUACGUGUCCACAAAUGCAUUGCUUGCUAUUGCAGUUGACAGGUACAUGGCCAUAGUCCAUCCUCUGAGGCCUCGCAUGAAGUAUCAAACUGCCUACUGCCUGAUAACAGGAGUCUGGAUUGUUCCCAUUCUGAUCUCAAUCCCUUCUGCCUACUUUGCCUCUGAGACCAUGUACCCUCAUGGUGGCACAACCCCAACCAGCCACAAAGUCUUCUGUGCCCAGAUAUGGCCUGUGGACCAACAGGCCUACUACCGGUCCUACUUCUUGUUUGUUUUUGCUGUUGAGUUUGUUGGACCUGUGAUCGUCAUGGCAAUGUGUUAUGCCCAAAUUUCCCGUGAGCUCUGGUUCAAGAAUGUCCCAGGUUUCCAGACAGAGCAGAUAAGGAAGAGGUUGCGUUGUCGACGCAAAACAGUGAUGGUCCUGAUCAUGAUCUUGACGGCAUACAUUUUGUGCUGGGCACCGUAUUAUGGCUUCACUAUCCUGCGAGACUUCCAUCCAACACUCAUCUCCCGCCAGAAGAACUCAUUGGUGGCCUUCUACAUCAUUGAAUGCAUUGCCAUGAGCAAUAGCAUGAUUAAUACCUUCUGCUUUGUUAGCGUCAAGAACAACACAGUUAAGUACCUGAAGAAGAUUGUACUGCUGCGCUGCAGGUCUACGUAUGCCCCCAAUAAGACUGUAGAUGAGAUGGAUAUAAGGACCUCCUCUAUGCCUGUGACAGAGGAGAUUGAAUGCAUUCACCUGAGGUGA